GCAGCAAGCUUUCGUUUAGUGUUGCUGAUAACAGCGUCUGUGUUCUCGCUCACCUUUAGUCUGUCUUUACUACUCCUCACAGUUAUUUGAUCUAUCUUGCUAUUCGUUCCCGGAUUAUAAACAACGAUGAGGUGCCAUUCAAGUCUAAUGGCCCUCGUGGCUAGCAUUUUGGCGGUGGUUGAAGGUGCCGUGAUCCAUUCCAGGGCUCUUCCUGGGGUGAAGGUUACUUUUCAAGAGACGACCAUCUGCGAGACAACCCCCGGCGUCAAGGGUUACAGUGGCUACGUAACUCUGCCUGCUACGCUGGACCCUGCCAUCCCAUUCGAGAGCAACAUGUUCUUCUGGUUCUUUGAGUCCCGUCAAUCCCCCGCAACGGCACCCACUACCCUGUGGCUGCAGGGUGGUCCUGGAGCGGCCAGCAUUGACCAGGCAGUGAGCGGCCACAACGGCCCCUGCUCAGUCAACCCAGACUCCAAGACGACCACGCUUAACCCCAACAGCUGGAACUCGGUGUCUAAUAUGAUCUACAUUGACAAUCCCGUGCAGACUGGGUUCUCCCACGACGGCGUUCUUAAGCAGGGUGUCAUUGAUACCCAGACCGGCGACGUCAACGUGGACAACCCGGCGAACCCAACCAACUGGCUCACGGUCAAGGGAACCUUCCCCAGCGGCGACCAGACCCGCAUGGUCAACACGACCACCACGGCGGCUAGGGCCAUCUACCACGCCAUGCAGGCCUUCUUCGAUCAGUUCCCGCAGUACCACCGCGACAAGGUCAACGUCUGGUCGCAGAGCUACGGUGGCCACUAUGCACCCGCCAUCGCCUCGCUGAUCAAUCAGGAGCAGGCAAAUCCGGGUAGCGUUUUGGGGACCCCUGGAGCCGCCAGCUCGUCCAAUAAGGGCAAGAGGGCCGCCACAGCCUUUGGCGUCAACUCGAUCGGCAUCAUCAACGGCUGGGUUGACCAGCUGACGCAGGCCCCGUUCCUCAUGACCUACAACAACAACUCGUACGGGAUCAAGUCGUACUCGGACGACACGGCACAGAAGCUUUCGACCCAGUUCAAUGCACCUGGCGGAUGCAUGGACCUGACCAAGCAGUGCCGCCAGCUCAUCAUCGACAAGGACGCUGCCGGGUUCGCCAACGACCCUGACGUGGUCAAGGCGUGCGCGGCCGCCUCGACCUCAUGCCUGACCAUUAUCGGCCAAAACGACGCCGCGUCGGGCCGCAACUCUUUCGACCUGGCCCAGGUGCUGCCCCUCGGCUUCCCCUACCCCUAUGAGGUCGGCUGGCUCAACGACGCCGGGGUCCAGAGCGCCCUGGGCGUCAAGAUGAACUACACCCGGUCCAUCAGCUCCACCACCAACUACUUCCUAAGCUCCGGAGAUCUGGUCCGGCCGUUCACCGACGUCAUCGGCCAGCUUCUGGACCAGGGUGUCAAGGUCGCCAUGGUCUACGGCGAUCGAGACUGGCGCUGCAACUGGCUGUCGGGCGAGGCCGUCAGCCUGUCGGUCAAGUACGGCGACAGCGCCAAGUUUGCCGCUGCCGGCUACACCGACGUCAAGGUCGGUAAGACGGUUGCCGGAAAGGUGCGCCAGUACGGUCUGUUCAGCUUCACCCGGGUGUUCAACGCCGGUCAUGAGGUCCCUCUUUACAAGCCGGCCGAAGCACUCUCCAUCUUCACGCGUACCAUCAUGGGCAAGGACGUCGCCACAGGAUCCUCCGACGCCGCAGGAUUCACGUCGUCUGGCCCAUCUUCGGUCUUUGACGUCAUGCAGAAGGCCGACCCUCUUCCCGCGCCUAUAUGCUACGUCCUCGAUGCUCCCAUCGGCCAGCGCUGCACGGCAGACCAGAUCAAGGCCCUUGGGGACGGGUCUGCAGUCGUCAAAGAUUACAUUGUCAGCUAGAAGAAAAG